CAGACACUCGGGCAGGAUAUUUGAACAGUGAACCCGCACAGUGCUCCCUGGACCUGUCUUUUCUACAUUAACUAUCAAAGCACGAUCUCUGCGACUGAAUUCUUAUUCUGCUUGACUUGAUGAGGUGCAACCGUACCAACGGGAUGCCUCGUGGAGACUUCAACAUCUAUUUUGCCAGUGGCAGGGGAGGAUAUGUCAGAGCUGAGGAGGCUAUAGGCAUUGCUCUGCUGGUGAUCAUCUUGGCUGCUCUUCUUAUUCUGGGAUGCUGGUACCUUAAAAAGAGGAGUGGCUACAAAAUAAUUGGAAGCACAAGAUCAGGAUCACCAGGUUUUACAAGAGCAUACUCAGAACCAGGAACAUCAGGGGAAAACAAGAUGGCCCUCACUGACUUUGGUAGCUUCAGAAAUGUGGUUCCAAAUGCUCCUCCUGCAUAUGAAAAGAUCUCCUCUGGACCACUGCCUCCUCCAUAUUCCCCUUAAAUGACUUCUUUCUUAAGGACAUUUUGAAAAGACUACAUCAAUUAGUUGUCAAUACAAUUACAAGUUGAAAAAAUGAAGCCAACAUGCCAAGAAGUCCAUAAACGUGUUUAUUUUUAUGUUAUUCUAUAAAUUAUUUCACAUGAAAUAUUCAUUUCCACUUGGGAAAAAACGGUUCUACCUUUGGAGACAGUUGCAGUGUUUUAUUUCGAUGCACAUUUCCAUUUCACAUUUAUCCAAUGAAAAUGUACCAAAUAUUCCUAAAAUACAUAUAAUAAAGUAAUAAAAUAAAUAAAUGAAACAAUAUCAUUUCAAUGUAGUACAAACUGACCUGACUGUUUCAAUCAAUUAAAUGUCUCACAGUAGAUAGAGAUUGUUCAUUAAAUGAUCUAGAAAUCUGAA